GAAGGACGUGUGAAACCAAAACAAAACGGCCGUUUGAAUUAAUUUGCGAAAAAUGUCUAUUGCUGGGCAACAGAGAUGUCCUAUGGUUGUCGUAUCGGGGAACUCCCACCCAGAGCUUGCACAGACAGUAGCAGAGAAGUUGUCAACACAUCUCUGUGACUGCUGUUGUUACCAUAAAGCUAACAGAGAAACAGUUGUUGAGAUUAAAGAGUCCAUCAGAGGGAAGGAUGUCUAUAUUAUACAAACUGGAACAAAGGAUGUUAAUAAUGACAUGAUGGAACUACAGAUUAUAGCAUAUGCCUGCAAGACAAGCUCGGCAAGGAAAGUGGUAGGAGUUGUGCCCUAUAUUCCAUACUCCAAACAGAGCAAAAUGAGAAAACGAGGGUCCAUAGUUUGUAAACUUCUCGCUAAAAUGCUCAGCACAUCUGGAUUGACCCACAUUAUAACCAUUGAUCUUCAUCAAAAGGAAAUCCAGGGUUUCUUUGACAUCCCAGUAGAUAACCUCAGAGCUUCACCAUUCCUUAUAGAAUAUAUCCAGGGAACGAUUCCAGAUUUCCGUAAUGCUGUGAUAGUAGCCAGAAAUCCAAACUCGGUAAAGCGUGUCACGUCAUUUGCCGAGCGUCUGCGUCUGAGUAUCGCUGUGAUUCACGGUGAGGAUAAAGAUGAGGAUGAGCCCUGUGACGGUAGAACCUCGCCUCCUCCUCUCAUGCAAGAGGCAGACUUUGGAAUACAUCCAAUACCUGAUUCAGAUCAGGGUAAACAGUUACUCCCCUUGCCUGCUGCCGAAAACAGCAAUUCAACAUCAAUACUUGCCAAAGAGAAGCCACCUUUAAAUGUUGUUGGAGAUGUUGGUGGGAGAAUAGCAAUAAUUGUGGAUGAUAUGAUAGAUGAUGUAAUGUCAUUUGUGAAAAUAGCCGAGGUGCUAAAGGAACGCGGUGCUUACAAGAUCUAUGCUAUGGCCACACACGGACUGUUAUCCUCAGAUGCUCCAAGACUUAUAGAGGAUUCUUGUAUAGAUGAGGUUGUUGUUACAAACACAGUACCCCACGAGAUUCAGAAGAUGCAGUGCCAUAAGAUAAAGACUGUUGAUAUAAGUGGUAUGUUGGUGGAAGCAAUACGGAGAAUACACAAUAACGAGUCGAUGUCCUACCUGUUCAGAUACAUCGGAAUGGACGAUUGAUGAAAGACUUCGGGUUUCCAGGAAUUUUAUGUCUCAUUGUUUGGAGGAGGAGAUAGAUAAUCGAUCUGUUAUUGGAAGAGAUUGUUAAUGCUGCAGCAAAGUCCACUUUCCCCUGCAUAGUUCAAACCAACUUUAUUCACGAUCGGCUAUGUUAAGCAUGUACUGCAAAAUUAUUAAAACCAUUUUAUGUAGCAUCAAAACUGAAAUAUCAUAUUCUUUGAUAUUUUAAGUGUUGGGUGUUAGUGUGUUGGAACUUGUCAUGUAUUUUAAAGUUUUGAGUUAAUUGAAAGGAAAACUCUAAAUCAAAAUGAAUAUAUGUCAGGGCAGGGAAAAGGUGAUUGAUUAUGGUGGAUGGUGAAAUUUAUAUUAUAUUAUGAUCUGUUUGGGUAACCCUUGUUCUGCUUACUCUCACAGCCAGCCAGUUUAUAAAAGGUUGAUGGUUCUUCCUAGGUAUCUGAUUACACAUAAAAUAUUCAGAGGGGUACUUAGGUCUUUCCAUGCCAUCAAAGUCUUCAUAUGACUUUCUUGUUGGUGUGACUUGAAUCCCAAGAAAUCAAAGAAACAUAUUUACAUUUACAAUAUGUUUUGUAUAGGGAAAAAAAGGCAUUGUUCAGCAAUAUCUUUCAAAAUUGGACAAAGAACAUUAGAUUAUAGCUAACUAACUUUCCUGACAGUAAAGAUCAAAAUCUUAAUCUACAUGGCUAUGAUUACGAUUUUUUCCUGGAUUUAAGGAUAUUUUGAAUAAAACCCAGAAACAAUAUUUUUACCUGAAGCCCAAUUACAUUUUAAUGUGGGCAGAUCUUUUUAGCUGUUCUACUGAGACCAAUAUCCUGAAAUUUAAUUUGAUUCACUGAUAGAUGGGUAUAUAAAUUUACUGACUGAAUGGCGAACAGUGCAGACCAAGAUCAGCCUGCACAUCCGUGCAGUCUGAUCAUGGUCUGCACUGUUCGCAAAGGCAGAAUCAUAUGCCACCAGCAGGCUAAAGGUUAAUAGAUUUAGCUAAUUUUUGGGAAAGGGGCAUUAUGAAGACAGGUUAUAAAUAAUAGCUUAUUUGGGAGCAUUGUUAGGAUGUCGGAAUACAUCAAAAACAAAAAUUGUCUUUGAAGAUCAUGUAGUGAAAAAUUUAUUCAGGAUUCUUCAACAAAAGUAUUAACAGCACAUUCUUAAUAUUGUGGAAACUGAAAGACAACCUCGUUUAUGUUUAAUGGUGUAUUAUUUUAUCAUAUUGUUAAAUUUUAUGUUACGUUUUUGUGGAUAUAUUUUAGUGUGUUAAUUUACUGAUGAAAUGUUUUUAUCAUAAAUUGAUAUUUUGAAAUGAAUUAUUACCAGUAUUUAAAUGCAGUCAUUAUCAGCCUUUGAUUACAGACUAAUUUUUAGCCAGACCCCAUGUUUCUUGAGGGAGAGGGAACCCAUGGAUUUUUCCUUUUCCAUAUGUAUGUCUAUCCAUUUGAAUUUGUGUCAUAUAUAUCUCAAAAUGUAUUUGACAUAGUCUUCAAACAUCAUAUGAUUUGUUAUUCAACAUGUGAAGUUAUGUGCCUUGGGUUUUGUUUGGGGUAUCAUUUAGUCAGACCAGAUUCAUCAGAAAUAUGCAUUAACGUGUACACUUUGGGUUGCAUUUAUUACUCUACCCCCCCCCCCCCCCCCCCCCCCCCACCACCCCACCCCAGUAUGGCACUGACUUUGCAUUUUCCAUGUUGUGUUUCUUUAUAUCAUACCAGUACAAGUCUGUUCACUGUCCCAGUACAGUCUAGUAGAGAAAAUGUUUUGAGAUGGUCCAGAUAUCUACAAGAGAUAUCAAAGCCUAUUUUUGUCCCAUUUAUUGUUUGAAAGGAACUACUUGAAUUCUCUGUAUAGAGAUUAAGCAAUAUGAAAACAUUUCAUUUUAUUCUCCUCCAUUGUACAUACAUGCCAGUUCAUUCCAGAUCUUGCUACUCAAUUCAAGGUUGUGAGAUUUACGUGGUGCUUGCCUCACCUAUUUUUGGAAGACAUACCAGUAGUACUUUAUUUUAAUAAUGUAAAUUAUUUUCUGGUAGACUUUUUAUCAUUCUUAAAAGACAAAAUUCAUAUAAAAGACUUUUUAUCAUUCUUAGAGGACAGAAUUCAUAUAAAAGCUGAUAGAGGUCUUAAAACAAGUGUGUGUAUGCUAUGACAAGGGUGAGCUAGUAGUAUAGGUGGAUGGUCCGGCAUAGUUGUGUGUCACCUGGCAUUGGUGUCAUCUUUUUAACUUAAAACAUUUCCACUGAAGCUACUGGACAGAAUUACAUCAGACUUGGUCUAUAGCAUCAUUGCAACGUCCCCUCUCAAGUUUGUUCAAAUAGAGGCACUUGGUCCUUUUAGGGGCUGCUAGAGCUAUAAAUAGAAAAACCUUUAAACAACUUUUUGUUAUGAACCAUUUGAUGGAUCUUCAUCAGACCAGGUCUGUAGCAUCAUUGUAAAGUUCUCUGUCAAUUUUAUACUAAUGGGAGGCAUUUGGUCCCUUUUAGGGGCAGCUAUAGCUUAGAAUAGAUAACUUUAAACAACCUCUUGUCAUGAAUCACUUGAUGGAUCAUUUUCAAACUUUGUUUGCAUUAUCAUUUUAAGGUCGUCUCUCAGAUUUGUUCAAUGGGGGCAGCUGUAGCUAAAAAUAGAAAUACUUUUAACGGAUUCUUCUCAUGAACCAUUUGUUUGAUCUUCAUCAAACUUGGUUUGUUGCAUCGUUUUAAGAGUCUUCCCUAAAGUUUGUUCAAAAUGGGAUUUUUGGCCCCUACUAGGGGCUGCUAGAACUAAAAAUAGACUUCUUCUCAUGAACAGCUUAAUCGAUUCUCAUCAGAUUUGGUCUGUUGCAUCAUUGUAAGGUCCACUUUCAAUUCCCUUUAAAUGGCACUUAAUCCCUUUGAGGACUUAAAAUAGAAAAACCUUCAAACAACUUCUUCUCAUGAAACUAUUUGUAGAUUUCCAUCAGAUUAGGUAUGUAGAAUCAUUUUAAGGUCCUCCCUCAAUUUUUAGCUCAUCUGAUUUUUUGAAAAAAAAUGAUGAGUUAUUGUCAUCACUUGAGCGGUUGUCGGCGUCGGCGUCGGCGUCUGCGUCGGCGUUGCCUGGUUAAGUUUUAUGUUUAGGUCAGCUUUUCUCCUAAACUAUCAAAGCUAUUGCUUUGAAACUUGGAAUACUUGUUCACCGUCAUAAGCUGACCCUGUAUAGCAAGAAACAUAACUCCAUCUUGCUUUUUGCAAGAUUUAUGGCCCCUUUUGUACUUAGAAAAUAUCAGAUUUCUUGGUUAAGUUUUAUGUUUAGGUCAACUUUUCUCCUAAACUAUCAAAGCUAUUGCUUUGAAACUUGGAUACUUGUUCACCAUCAUAAGCAGACCUGUACAUCAAGAAACAUAACUCCAUCUUCCUUUUUGCAAGAUUUAUUGCCCCUUUUGGACUUAGAAAAUCAGUUUUCUUGGUUAAGUUUUAUGUUUAGGUCAGCUUUUAUCCAAAACUAUCAAAGCUAUUGCUUUAAAACUUGCAACACUUGUUCACCAUCAUAAGUUGACCCUGUACAGCAAGCAACAUAACUCCAUCCUGCUUUUUGCAAGAUUUAUGGCCCCUUUUGGACUUAGAAAAUAUCAGAUUUCUUGGUUAAGUUUUAUGUUUAGGUCAACUUUUUCUCUUAAACUAUCAAAGCUAUUGCUUUGAAACUUGCAACACUUGUUCACCAUCAUAAGCUGACCCUGUACAGCAAGCAACAUAACUCCAUCCUGCUUUUUGCAAUAAUUAUUGCCCCUUUUGGACUUAGAAAAUCAUUUUCUUGGUUGAGUAUUAUGUUUAAGUCAACUUUUCUCAUAAACUAUCAAAGCUAUUGCUUUAAAACUUGCAACAGUUUUUCACCAUCAUAAGUGGACACUGUACAUCAAGAAACAUAACUCUGUCCUGCUUUUUGCAAGAAUGAUGGCCCUUUUUAGACUUAGAAAAUCAUGGGUAGGACAAUAUUUCUAUUACACAAAAAAAAUCAGAUGAGCGUCAGCACCCGCAAGGCGGUGCUCUUGUUUUCAAAUGGGGGCACUUGAGCAGUUCUGUGUUUUUGUAUGUGAAACACAGGUAUUACCAUAUGAUUUAGUAAGUCGUAAUGUAUAUUGGAGGUCAAAUAAUCCAGGUCACUUGAGCAACUUAGGGCCACUAAAGCUAAAAACAGAAAAAACCUUUAACCACUUGUUGGAUCUUUAUAAAGCCUGGUCUCUAGCAUCUUUGAUAGGUCCUUCCUUAGUAUUUUCAAAUAGGGGCUGCUAGAGGUAAACUGCUUGGUGAAACUUUGGUCAGUAGCAUCAUUGUAAGGCACUCUCCCUUUGCAUAGGGGUAUAUAGCCCCUUUAAGGGGCCAUUAGAGCUAAAAAAUAAAAACCUGUUAACUUCUUAUGAACCGCUUGAUGGAUCUCCAAACUUGGUAUGUUGAAUCAUUUUAAUGCCCUCCCUCAAAUUUGUUAAAAUACUGGACCUGUUUAAUGUUUUUGUAUGCUAAACACAGAAAUUACUAUUCAUGAUUCAUUCUGUCAUAUGUAUAUUCAAGGUCAAAUUGUUAAGGUCAGUGAUGUAUUUUCAUUUUAGGUAUGUUUUUACUGUGUCUUUUUAUGUCUCAUACUCCAGCUCAUAUUAUAAGAGGGUAUGAAACCUGUACUUGCAGGAAAUUGUUACUUUACGUUUGAUACAUUUUAUCAGCUCAGCAAGCAAAAUUGUUAAGGUGAAGUAUUGUGAAUCUCACAUGUCCGAUAUCAUUGUCAAUUAAUUUAAGAGUUAACAUGUGUAACCUCAGCUAACAAACAAUCUUCAUGAAAUUUACACAGAUUUGUAUGGCAAGUUCAAUAUUGGGAUAAAAUUGCUAAAAGUUACACAAA